AUGCAUGAAGACCUGAAGCGCAAGGAGCAAGGUGGCGGAGUCGAUGGAUCCUUGCAUGGGCAAGCUCAAGCGUUCAUGUCAAGAGACAACAAGCGAAACGGACGACCAGGUAGGAAGACUGGUGGGUGCCACAAGUGUGGGAAACAAGGACAUUGGAUCGCGGAGUACACCUCGCGGAUCCAAGAAGACGCAGAACGACAUCGAUUCCAACGGGCGAACAUGGCGCAAGAUGAACAUCUUGGCGACUAUCUGUUUUCGGUUGGUGAUGAAGUCGCCAAGUCGAGUAAUGUGUGGCUGUACGACUCGGGUGCGACGCAGCACAUGACGAGCUCCAAGAAGUUCAUGAAGAACUACAAGGUCUCUAAUCCGGUUGAUGUGCACUUGGCAGACGAUGGUGACGUUCAAACGGUCGACAAAGGCGACAUCGUGAUGUCAAUGAAGACGCCACGCGGUACCAAGAAAGGUGUGCUCACGGACGCGUGGCAUAUCCCGAUGUUAUCGCGUAAUCUGUUCUCCGUGGGUAGAUUCAAUAAGGACGUCGGGCCAGUCACCUUGAAACCAACGGAUGUUCGCGAAGACGAAAUGUGUCAAGUGGAAGCUCGGUGCUCGCUAAGGCAAAGGGCCCUUCAAACUCUGCAUGACGCCAGAAGCUUCUAA